CUGCUUGUUCACUGGCGCAAUGGGGCUCAUCGGCGGCAUAUCCCCUGGCGGGAGCAUCGCCUCGGUCUUCUGUCCACAAGUGUUCAGAGUCUAGGCCUCACCUUACAACGGAAAUCGCACAUCCUCGAAGACGAGAAAGUGCCCUAUGACGUGAGGCGACCACCCUACCGCAGGAGGAGGUGGCAGCUGGGGAUGGCCAUGUUCAUCAUCUCCAACGUGCUCGGGAGCUCGGUGCAGAUAUCCGUACUCCCGUUACCGGUGUUAUCGACGUUACAAGCCUCAGGUCUGGUGUUCAACUCGAUCUGCGCCACGCUCAUACUAGGAGAACCGUUUACGAGGUGGUCACUGUGGGGGACCAUGCUGGUAUGCAGCGGAGCCGUCUUAAUCGCCGUGUUUGGGGCGAUCCCUUCGCCGGCACACACGCUGAGCGAGCUGUUGGAUUUGCUGGGGAGACGCCCCUUCGUGCUCUGGAUGUCGUUCCAGGCGGUCAUUGUCAUUGGCAUCGCAGUCGCGACUGAGCUUGUGAGCAACUUGACGACGCUGAUGCAGGACCUACGGUUCCGCCUUGCGCGCGGCUUCGCCUACGGGUGCAUAAGCGGCAUAUUGUCUGCUCACUCCCUGCUGGUGGCCAAAUCUGCCGUCGAGCUGAUUGUCAGGACUAUCGCCGACGGUGAUAACCAGUUCGUCCACUGGCAGUCGUGGAUGCUAGUUCUCGGCCUGGUUAUCCUCGCUCUCACGCAGCUCUACUACCUUCACCGGGGACUCAAGCUAGUCUCAACCUCUGUUCUUUACCCAUUAAUAUUUUGCGUCUAUAACAUCAUUGCGAUCAUGGAUGGCCUUAUCUAUUUCCGCCAAACCGACCUCAUCAGCCCGUUACAUGGAUGCCUGAUUGCUUUGGGCACUGUUAUCCUCCUUUCCGGUGUCCUUGCGCUCUCGUGGCGCCUUAGUGACGAGCAGCACACUCCUGGAGUUGGGCAGUCGACCCUGGCUCCAGGCCUAGGCCUCGUCGAAGACACAGAGGGCGAGGAAGAAGAAGAGGAGCUCCUACUGCACCCUACUCUCGGUGAAGACGAGGAGAACGCACUACCAACACAGCGCAGCUAUCAAACAUUCCGACCGGCCAAGCCCUCAGAAAUAACCCGGUCGUCUACCACUCCCGCGCCACAAAGACAGCGGUCGAUGGCGCGGUCUACGAGGACGAUCUCGUCACGGUGGACCGAGCGAGCCGAGAUAUGGGACGAACUCGAGGAUCGCAAUACGCCAGAUUCGGUAUCUCCCUCGUUUGCCAGGAGGCGGUCAACGACAUUGCCCGGUCCCAGAGAUCCGUCGGCGUUCCUCGGACCGUCGUCCAGCAGCGAUGCUGCCGCUGACACCGCCGCCGUUGAAGAAACGGAUCCUCUCCUACUCUCAACACCUAGGAGGAACUUCAAGCGGAGGCGCAGGUCAACCGGCUUUCCGGGCUUCACCGCGCGGAAGAGCACCGGACGCAAAACCUCUGGUGGAUUCCAACUACAAGACUCGGCUAGGAACUUCUGGGGCUGGCGGUGGUGG